GAGGGGGAGAAGGAAAGCAAGAAAGAGGGAGAGAGAGAGACAGAGGGAACCCGGUGUGUCUCUCCCCACCCCCCACCCCCAGCACAUUAAUCUAUCAUGAGCUAAUGUGUUUUGUCCAUUCCGUUCCUUUUGUACCAUCGCCCAGGCGUGCGCGCACCACUCACACUCAGCCGCGCUCUCUUGUUGCACUUCUGCCACCCAGCUCCUGAUGCUUGGCUGGGCCUGAGUCAGUCCGCGAGAGGGAAGACGCAGCAAGAGAGGCAGAACAGCCAGCCAGGCAGACAGACGGAGGCAGAGGAACAAAGCCCGGGCGACCAUGGGAAAUACACCAUCUCAAGAUCCUGAGAGGACUAACGCCCACAUGAUCUCAGCAGACGAUGCAGAAUAUCCACGGGAAUACCGGACCCUGGGCAAUGGCACACGCCGCUUCUCCAAUGUAGGCCUGGUGCACACCUCAGAACGCCGGCACACUGUCAUCGCGGCCCAGAGUCUGGAAGCCCUGACAGGGCUCCAGAAGUCUGAAAUGGAACGGAAGCGGGAUGCAUUUAUGGAUCACUUGAAGAACAAGUACCCCCAGCAUGCCCUGGCAAUCCGAGGUCAGCAGGAUAGGAUCCGGGACCAGCAACCCAACUACUGGAGCUUUAAGACACGAAGUUCCCGGCACUCGCAGGGUUCUCAGCCGGGCUUGGCAGAUCAAGCCAAACUCUCCUUUGCUUCAGCUGAAUCCUUGGAGACCAUGUCAGAAGCUGAGCUGCCCAUUGGCUUCAACAGAAUGAACCGCUUCCGGCAAAGCUUGCCUCUCUCCCGUUCCACCAGCCAAACAAAACUCCGGUCACCAGGGGUCCUUUUCCUUCAGUUUGGGGAAGAGACGAGGCGGGUACACAUCACCCAUGAAAUCAGUAGCAUGGAUACGUUGCACGCCCUCAUCGUCCACAUGUUUCCUCAGAAGCUAACAAUGGGAAUGCUCAAGUCGCCCAACACUGCCAUCCUGAUCAAGGACGAAUCCCGCAAUGUCUUCUAUGAGCUGGAGGAUGUCAGGGACAUCCAGGACAGAAGCAUUAUCAAAAUCUACCGGAAAGAGCCCCUCUAUGCCUCCUUCCCUGGAUCCCACAUCACCAAUGGUGACUUGCGGAGAGAGAUGGUCUACUCCUCCAGGGAAUCCUCCCCCACCCGGCGUCUGAACAGCAUGUCCCCUGCUGCUCACCUCACCUCUGGCUCUCCUCCACCUGUGCUCCAGUCAUCCUCCCCGUCCCGUUCCCGCAUGUCUUACAGCGGUGGGCGCCCACCUUCCUAUGCCGGCAGUCCUGUGCACCACGCAGAACGCCUUUCCAACCUGCCUCCAGCUCAGGGUGUAUCACCAAGCCCGAGUGCUAUCUUGGAACGUCGGGAUGUCAAACCGGAUGAGGAUCUGGCUGGGAAGAAUAUGGUGCUGAUGAAAAACGAAGGCCUGUAUGCUGACCCCUAUGGAAUGGUGCAUGAGGGACGCUUGAGUAUUACAUCGACUCAGUCAUUAGCAGGGAUAGGAGACCCGUUUGCCUACCCUGGAGGACUCUACAAGCGGGGCUCUGUCCGUUCGCUCAGCACCUAUUCAGCCGCUGCCCUCCAAACAGAACUGGAAGAUAGCUUAUAUAAGCCCAAUGCACAGAUCUAUAGUGAUACUUAUGGUCCGGGGAUGGGCUUCCGCUUGCCUCCAUCAUCACCCCAGAAAAUUGCCGAUGGACGGCUGGUGGAUGUUCAGCAGAGCCAAAGUCCACACAGCCCUUACUCUGGGCCUCCAAGCAGGUCCUCGCCCGUCCGCCAGACCUUCCGCAAAGACUCUUGCUCCUCAGUAUUUAUGGAAAGCCCUGUCAACAAACCCCGAAACCCAAGCUCUUCAGGGCCUUCAGAUCUCUUCCCUGGACCUGGGGAACGCCCGCUUUCUGGGUUCAGCUCACCAGUGCCUGUCAAGGAUACGGAAACCAGAGAACGAAUGGAAGCGAUGGAGAAACAGAUCGCCAGUCUGACAGGAUUGGUGCAGAGUGCAUUGAUGCGAAGUUCUGAUGCAGAAACCCCCAGUGAGAGGACAGAAGGAACCAACGGAGGGACACCUCCAUCAGCACCCCCCAGCCGAAGUGGUGUUGGGACUCCUGUGCCUGGCCCCCCACCUCCAUCUGCAACUGGUACCCCAGCGGGGCAGCCCACGGCCAUCACCCGCCUGCACAUGCAGCUGCAUCUUCAUGACCUGCAGCACAAUGCUAGCGACCUCCGUAACCAGCUGCAGCAACUCAAAAAAAUGCAGCUGCAAAACCAGGAGACGGUGAAGACGAUGCUACGGCGGACAGAAACAGAGAUCAGCGUGCGGGUGAUGGACACCAUGCGCAAGCAGGAAGACCCCUUGCAGCGCCAGCGCAGCCUGGUGGAGGAGGAGCGCCUACGCUAUCUCAACGAGGAAGAGCUCAUCACCCAGCAGUUAAAUGACCUGGAGAAAGCUGUGGAGAAGAUCCAGAAAGAUCACAGCCACAAUCACCGCCUUAUCUCUCCGCAAGAGCUGGAAGAGAAGUCCUUGGUGCUUAAACAGCUGGGAGACACCUUGACAGAACUGAAGGCUAAUUUCCCCAGCUUGCAGAGCAAGAUGCGCGUCGUCCUCCGUGUGGAAGUCGAGGCUGUGAAGUUCCUCAAGGAAGAGCCUCACCGGCUGGAUGGCCUGUUCAAGCGCUGCAAGGCGGUGACUGACACCCUGGCGCAAGUUCGCAGGCAAGUGGAUGAGGGCGUCUGGGAUUCAUCCAGUAACCUUCUCAGCCAGUCUCCAAAGAAGGUGGACCCAGAAAGCGACUUUAGCAAAGGAUUGGAUUUUGAGAUGCCCACCAGCCCCCCAAUAAACCUCCAUGACUUGACCUCUUUGACCGGCAGCCUGGGGACAAGCAGCUUUGGGCAAAGUCCUGGGCAGACCCACAUCUCCAAGAGCAGCAACCCCUCCCGGGGUUCAGAGAUGGCAGCAGUCAAGACCCAGAUGGGCUCUGAGACUCCCAGCAAGAGGAUCGUGGACAGAACAGUGUCUAUGGAGGCCGCAGAGCGGGACUGGGAGGAGAAGCGCGCAGCCUUGACCCAGUACAGUGCCAAGGACAUCAACCGCCUUCUGGAAGAAACGCAGGCGGAGCUGAUGAAAGCCAUCCCCGACUUGGAGUUCGCUGCCAAGCACAAGCAGACCUCCAGCAGCGGUGGAAGCGCAGCCUCCACCCCUGAGCACAAACCCCCCAAGCCCCAGCAUGCACAGAAGACCACAGCCAAAAUGGACCCCAGUGGUCGCCGGGGGUCAGAUGAAUUGACAGUGCCUAGAUAUCGAACUGAGAAGCCCUCCAAGUCUCCUCCACCACCCCCACCUCGGCGAAGUUUCCCAUCCUCCCAUGGUCUCACAACCACUCGCACAGGGGAAGUGAUCGUCACCAGCAAAAAAGAAUCCAGUUUUAUGAAGAAAGCGGAGUCGGAAGAGCUGGAGACGCAAAAGCCACAAGUGAAACUGAGGAGGACCGUCUCAGAGGUUGCCCGGCCUGCUUCAACUCCCCCCAUCAUUGCCUCUGCCAUUAGAGAUGAUGAUGACGAAGACAGGAUCAUUGCUGAACUUGAGGUCUUUCAAAGAAGCUCUUCAUUUAUUCCUAAGUUCCGUUGCAAUCAGCUUGCGCCAACCACAGACACGUGGCCCAAUGGGGCCACCGUAACACCCGAAGGAUGGAAGGCAUCGCUUCCUGCCAGCCGCCGUGUAGCUAGGGCAAACUUCAGUUCACGCAGCCUUCCACGAGUCCAAGCGUCACGAUCCCAGCAGAAACAUCGAUUGGAUCCGAUCCUAGUUCUACGGCAGAAUUCAAAGGAGUCAAGACCCUCAAAGCCACCCCCAGGUAACAUUUCCCACCUCCCUCAGACUCUCCUUCCCAAGCAGGUGUCCAGCCUGCCAAUUCCAGAACCUCAACCAGAGGCAGGUAUGGAAAUAUGCAGUCUUCAAGCUGAUGAGCUCCAAAGCAUCAGAGGACAGCCGGGAAUCUUUGGAUGGACCACAGUAGAAACAGAAGAGAAGCCCAAGAGGGUAGAAGUUUUGUUUGGCGAGCUGGGUGAAAAUGACGGGCAGCCAGAUCUGUUGGUUUCUGCCUCACCUGCGUUAUGCAGUGAGACCUUAAUGUGUACACAGCCUCUGCAGAAAUGUAUAAGAACUCGAGGAUCUCUGCCAUGCUCUGCAAGCGAGCAUCCUUUCCACAGUGAUAAUGGAACAGAAAAAGGCACAGUGGAGCCUGAAAUGAUAAGAAUGUCACUUGAGGUUAUAGCUGGUCAGCUGGACAAAGGUCAGCAGAUAUCUGAGCAAGGGACCGAGCUAGGAAUCCGUUCAGCCGAUAAUCAGGAAGUUGUGAUCCCAUCAGAAGUCACAUUUGGUUGUGAGACAUCUAUGGGAAAAGAUGAAAUACCCACAAGAUUGCGUAGCAAAAAUAACAUGGCAGAACCCAAAAAGGGAGAAGCCAACCAGAGCCUAGAGGAGGUACAGACAGCUUUGAAAGACCCCAGUGAUGAUAGCACUCAGAUGCAAAGAGGUCACCUGUCAAAUGUUCCAAUGUUAAAUUUUCCCUUGCAGAAUCAAAGGUCCCCCACGAACAAGGAUGUAACCGAGUACAAUAUGAAAUCCAGGCCGAAUCCUUUGGAACUGGUUUGUACCCUCUCCACAGAGGACAAGAUAAACUUAGAGAAAGAACUAGGAGACCAGCGAAGGGAAUGCACAUCUCUUGAUAACGUGACUUUAAACAGUUAUGCCAUUUGCAAAGAUACCUACCAAAGGCUGGAGAACCUGGAAGAGACCAUCAGAGAACUUGAAAUGGCUAUCAGUGAAAUGGGCUUCCAUGCACCCACUGAGUUUAUGAGUACAUUCCCCCAAACAAGAUAUGCUGACACUGAGAAAGAGGAAAGAAAGGUGGACGCUGGAGAUGCCAGAUGCGGCUGUGCCACUUUGGUGAAUAUGGCAUUUGACUGCCAGAUUUUAAUGCCUCAGGAAGCAAGCAGCAACUCACCCAAGUCUUCACCAACCAGUUACAUACCAUCUCUGCUGCCCAAACCUCAGUUCCUGCUCAGUGACAGUCCACAGAGCGGCAGUGGCGUCUCCAUCCCAGCCAUGAAGAUGGUCAACCCAGCAUCGCGGCUGAAGCAAACGCAGCAGGGCAGCCCAGACAAAAGCAAACAUAUAAAGCAACGCAUGGAAUACAUGCGCAUCCAGGGACAGCAACAGUGUGCCCAGUGGCUGGCCAACUUUCUGAGGCCACAAAGCAAGGCCGCUAGAUCAACCAAGGAUCCUAGCAUGAUGAAUGAGACUUCAAGCCCGGUCUCAGAAAAACCUACUUCGGGCAGGACCUCCAUCCCAGUACUGACUUCCUUUGGGUCACGGAACUCCUCCAUUUCAUUCUAAAAGCUCUUUUGCUCAUUUGGUUGUUUUACCACAACUGGGGGACUGGGGAGGGCUUGCCGCCAUCUUUCUGCUUUUCUCAUCCCCAGAUCUUACUGAGGCAUCUAGAAAAGUCCCUCCCCUUAGACUUUCUAAGCUUCCCUCAGAAUGGCCAACCUGUGGCCUCAUGACCUUCUCCAAAAUGGCUGCCCUACAGACUCUCUUUCAGCUCCCCUGGGAAAGGUCACUUUCUGUAUCAAAAUGUGCUCCAAAGUGACCCGUUUACUGUCUCACAUCCUUCUUCUGAAAAUGACUGUACUGGUUUGUUCUUUUCCCACACUAAAAUGUGGCUGGCACUCAGCUUUCUCUUUCUUCCUGAAGCCUUAGACCUCCCCAACCUCUCCUCUUUCCCUCCCCCAUCCCAACCUUUGUUUUCUACUCUGGAAAUUUUAUGUUGUUUGUGUAUAAUGAACACCACGAACUUUGCCACUUUCAAAGACUUCAAGCAAGAAGGAUGUUGGACAGCUCUGGGCUUCACUGUUCUCUGCAGGGGCUGAGAGAGGGGAAUGGGAUCCUUGGCGGAAGCAUCUAGAAAGGGGAGGGGAGAAAUGGUUUCUGAAGACGCCUCAGAACCCAUGGACAUUUGCUGCUAUCCAUCUUUCCUUACAUUUAAAAAAAUAGUUGUAAUUAAUUGAUUAAUGUGGAUCCUUGUAGGUGUGUGCCGAGUCAUUCAUGAAUCGAUAGUGUUUUGACUUUGGGGCAUGUGUGUGCUUCCAUUUUGUGGGUUCUGUAGUUUACUUGCUGUAUCAAAGACUGUUUUGAAACGGGGAGUAUUGUUUGCAGGUGUGUGUAUCACAAGUUGAUAUAUCUGUUUCUUUUUCUUCCAAGUCAUUGGAUUGAAUUUGGAAGAAGAGCAAAGACUUGAAAAAAGCACUGAAUUUUAAGCCUGUAAUUAAUGCCCCCCUCCCCCCCAUCUUCUCAACCUUGCAGAAGCAACCAACUGUUAUGAAAGGGGGGAAAGAGACUGUUACGAAAAGGGACGCAACCAAAGUAGGUAGCAGAAAGUUGAUAUGAAUGAUACUGAGAACAGGGUCUGGGAAAAGAAAGUCAUGCUUCCUAUGAAAUGAAUCCGCAUAAUGUAGCACUUUAAAUGUCCAUUCAGUUACCGUAUACGUGGGAGGGAGCCCUCAAAAUAUGUGGAAUACCAAAUAGGAGGCAAAAGUCAGGGAGAUGAGGGCAUCAGGGUAUCAAAGAAGUUGAGUGAUAAGGGAAAGGGAGGAUUUGCAGAGGACUGGUGGACGUGGAGUUCUACCAUGACUAGGGAGAUUUCAGUGGGAGGGUGGUGGUUCAGGUCACAAAGAGGUGAGUCUUCUUUGUUCUGUAACUAUGAGUUGAGGUUCCUUGAAAAAUGGAAGGUGAGUCCUCAAAUGGGAAGAAAUUAUGUGAAGUUAAGAUUGUUGGCAUUGUAGGAAUUCCAUCCAAUACUAUGGUAACCUCAGCUCUAGGAGAAAAGACUAGGAUAAUGGAAUGAAGCCAAGAAUUAAUGGGACUAGCCCAUUGUAUUUUGUCUUGGAGACGUGGAUGAAGUGGAUCCAACUGGCUGGCUUUUCAGUGGAGUGAUCAGCUCAGAAUUGCCACCACUUGCCAAGAAACUUUGGACUUGAAUGGAAAAUUGAACUUUGGUUCACCAGUGGAUUGAGUUCACUUUCCUUCAUGACCAGUGGGAUGAGGAAACUGUGAUAGUUUCCACCAAGAUUCUGCGUGGAAUUUUGGUUGCAGAAAGCACAGAAGGAAUUUUUUAAAAUAAAUAAAUAUAGCACAGAUAGGAAAAUAUGGUGAGAAAGAAUGUUAGAUGUUGAAGAGAGAGAGCUCUGGAAACACCAUCGUACUGAGCAAGCAAGGCAGGAAACAGAUUGCAUUUGUGGGUGAUUUCUUCAAAUAAAAGUACAAUAGGUAUGUGUGUAUGUGACAGAAUGGCAGGCUAGAAACAGAAGGGUGGGGUGUUUUUUGAGGAGCGAUUGAAAAACACAGUCUGGGGCACGUGUGUUUUCUGUGCGAACUCAGUUCUAAAGAAAAGGAAGUGCUCCCUUUCCCUCUCAGGAAAGGUGAUAGCAUCUGAGAUCUUGUGGUUCUUUCGGCAGAACUUGCGCAGGAGAAAUUCCUCUGGGGUUCUACCCUAAAAUGUUAAGCACAGACAAUAACUUCAGAAAUACCUUAUAUGAUGCGUGUGCACAUACAAGGAUGCGCAUUGACAUGUAUAGCAAAAUGGCGCUUGAUUGUAAAAAAAAAUACAAAGAUAUGAAGAGUCUGUAUGCAACAUAAUACAAUAUGUAAGCACUCCGUGUUUGGUUGACUAGCUCGUCCUUUUUAAUUUAAUUAUAUUCUAAAAAUUUUGGUGGGGAUGGAGCGUGGGAGUUUUGAUUUUUUUUAUGGGUUUUCGUCUUCUUUUUUGUAAAUCAAUCAUUUUUGUAUAAAAAAUUUUAAGAGAGCCUUUUUUUGAAUAACAAAGUUUUAAAAAAAAGUUUUAAAAAAUUAAAUAUGUUAACAACAACAACAACAGUCCGUAAUGCAAUUUCUUGGGAUUGCACAAAACGAAAAAAAGAAAAAUGAAACACACACAAAAAAAGCAACCUCUUUACAUUUAAGUGAAGUGUCUUAACAUUUUAUAUAUUUGUUUUAAGAAAUAUAUUUACAUAUUAUAUAUAUAUAAUAUACGUAAUAUAAAUAUAUAUAUAUAAAUACUGGAAAAAAAAGAAAAUGAAACUCUCGUUGUGUCUAGUAUAUUUAGAGGGGGGAGGGAAGAACGGUGUGUGUUUUUUCUUCCUGGAUCAAAUUAUAUAUGUAGCUCUUUGUGCUUUAGAAACUGUCAAGGGGGAUGGGGGUGGUCAUGCGAGUAGAGCUAGAGGGGUAGGAUCCUUGGAGGAAACCCUCCCGCGCAAACCCCACUGGAAUGAGAAUGGCACAAGAGCACAGUGGUGUUCUUCCUCUGGGGCAUGUGUGGGACAUCAUUCCCCGCGGGUUUGUCUUUGUAAGCAUUUAACCCUUCUGCUGAGCUGACAUUCCAUCUCUGACUCUCCAUGUUUGUUUCAAUAUUGUCUACCCCUUUCAUACUCCUUUCCCCGUUUUUCCCCACCACGUUUUUCUUCUUUCUUACACUUUUUUUCUGUUUGGUGGCAGAAAGGACGGCCCGAGAAGACAGCAGCGGGUGGGAUUUUGAGCCGACAGUGAGCUGAGAAGGCUCCUCUAACUUUAGCCCGUUCACUCGUGAUUCCGGAAUAUGUCAGUGCACCCAAUCAGAAAAUUUUUUAGAAAAGGUUUCCAAGUGUGUGUAAGAGACUUUGUUCACACAAAAUGGCAACUCUAUGUAUUGAGAGGAUCAUGCGUAAAGCAAUCCCCCAAUAUGCAGUGUAGGAAUACCAAAAAUGAACUCCUGAACAGGGCUCUCUGAUCUUUGUCGUGGCUUUGGCCUCCAAAGGAGUCUUGGGAGGGAAGGGACUGAGGGAAAGAAUUGCCAACAGCAGCAAUCUCAGGAAACCUAGGGGUCCCAGAGCUCUUUGGAGGAAGCCUCAGCCAGCAAAGCAGAUUACAACUGUCCGUUCCAAACUCACUUGCAGUGUCUCAUCUGCAUUGUUUGCACAUCCCUGAAUUUAUGGCCGAGGCCACCGAACGGAGCUGCCUCUGGGUUCGUUUUGUUUACUCACCUCUCUUCCCUGCACACCUCUAGACGGCUGGAGGGACAUGCCCAUGCUGCCCUUCGAUCUGGUC